UGAAUAUUGCUAUUUUAAAAUAAAGUGUAUUUAUAAAAUAAUAUAUUCUAUAAUUAUGGGUAUGAUAACCCGAGUUCGGGGUCGUUUGCAUAGUAUUAGUAAAUUAAAUCCUCAAUAUUAUCAAGAAGAAAAAAUUGCUCAAACAGUAUGUCUUUUGUCAGUAGUAUUUUUGAUGCCAUAUGUGGGCCACAACAGUUUUAUGGGUAUGCCCAUGUUACUCGCUUUUUGUAGUUGGUUAAACAAUUACAGUUGUGUGGCCGCCCCAUUAUUGGUCACAGCGAAAGAAAUAUGUAAUCCGGUUUCAUCUAUUGCAGUUACACAUUUCAGAAAAUUACUUAUAACAUUACAAGAGUUAGCACAAGCCAUGUGGGGUCCAUUUUUAAAUGUAAUUCGUAUGCUUUAUGCACCAAUUGAUCGAACGGAGCGUGCAUUUUUCCGAAUGCAAAAUUUAUUCACUCUAAUUAAUCAGAUUACGUUCUUUCUAUUAGCCGAUGCAUUAUUAAACACAUACACGACAUCGAAAAAAGCGGGACAUGUAACAUCAUUAUACUCGUUAAUGUUCUAUAAUGUUAUUUCGUAUUGUACAUGUUAUAUUAAAGAAUUAAUCGAAAAAGAAGACUGGUCACCAUAUGUACAUAUUACAAAAGCAUCAAAUGUUAAACAUUUAGCAAUGACAACAACGAAAAUUGUUUUAGAAUUUACAAAAGCUGUUACUUUCAUUAUAACUGUUAUAUUUAUGUUGUUAGUAUUUGGAUUAGAACAAAAAUUAGAAAAUUAUCAACCAUCAACAUGCUAUACAAUCAUUACAUGGCUGUUCUACAUGUCCACAGAAAAAGUUUUCACAGAUAUAUUCAAAUCUGCAAUUCAAUUUUUACAAUUAGAUUAUUUAGAAUCAUUAGAACUUUUAUACACACCGGUAUUCUUACAAAGUUUUACAAUGGUGCUAACAGGAAUCUUUAUAUUACCAGUGAUGGUAUUAUAUGGCAAAUAUAGAAUUAUAUUAAUGGCAUUAUAUUUUAAUAUAUAUUUACGGUAUAAACAUUUAAAUUUAUUUGCAUUAAAUGAUUUACGACAAGAACAAAAAGCAUUGGUGCCAUUUAGACAUGCAACUAGUGAGGAAUUAAAUGGUUUCGAUGAUAUUUGUGCGGUAUGUUUAAGUCCAAUGAAAUUAGCAAGAAUUACACCAUGCCAUCAUUUAUUUCAUGCAGAUUGUUUAAGACAAUGUUUGAAAACAUCAAAUAAUUGUCCUAUUUGUAAACAAGAAUAUAUUAUUUUAAGAUAAUUUUUUAUAGGUUUUAGUCAGUGAGUUUUUUUAUUUUUACACAAAGUUAAUUUUUACCUCGCUUAGUAUUUGUUUCUAUCACGUAUGGCGCUAGUGUUUCAAACAUUAAUAUGGUGGUCUGAUUAACUCGCAUAUUUUUUUUAUUGAUUAAAGAAAUGGAACACAUAUUAAGCGAUACUAUUGUACUGCUUGUUUUUAGAUUAUAAAGCAAUUUAUAAAUGUUGAUUUGAUUAGAAAUGAAAGUUUUGCAUUGUUAUGUGGUGAAAGAUGAAAAGGUAUGAGUUAUUGUGAGGCAAGAGUUUAAAAUUGUACAUAUUUAGUUUUAAGUGUUCUGCAAAGAUCACAUACCUGUUCUUUUUUCUAAAUCUUACGGUUGGAUGUGUCUUAUAGACAUAUACCAUCAAUAUUUCAUCAGAGAAGUCCUCAAUUAAAAAAUGACCAGUGUGAAAAUUUCUGGGUUCAGAUGAGAAUAUUCAUUGAUAACCAUGAAUUUGAUAUUCAGAGUCAUUUAAAAGAAUGCAUACGGUUUUUGAGAAAUGUUUCCAAAAAAACGGUUGAUUUUAUUAUGAUGGAUGACACUCUAAUUUAAUCUAUUCCACUGUUUCUCGUCGUUUACGACCCCUUUUAAAUUCAGUGACUCAUUUUUCAUUUGGUAAUUUAUUUGAUGAAAUAUUGACACAGUUUAUCCGAUGUCAUUCAGCAUGAAUAGUGGCACAGUUUAUCCGAUAUCACUGUUAUAGUGGCACAAUUAUCCGAUGCCAUUCAGCAUUAAAAAUGAUCAAUUCUAAACUAUCGAGUUUUUUGAGCGAGCACGGUAUAAGUCUCUUUCACAUUCUUUGUUAGAUGUAUAAUUUAAAGAAUUUAAAAUUAUCCGAAAAUUAUUAAUAUUCAAGCAAAGUAUACAAUAUAAAGUUUUAAAAAUAUUCAUUUAUACCUUACUCUGUUGAUGACUCUUUGAAUAUAAGUCUAUAUUCCAAAGAACGAACGACAUUUUAUACUACCAACAAAUGAGGCAUGUCAGAGAACACCUCAUCUUCAAGAACUUUCGAAGGUUAAAAAAUUAUUAGGCUAACCACAAUUUAGCCACACACCAAUUUCUAGAGCUGUAUUUAUCAAUGACGUACUGUAUGCUCAUGGACACUCGGCUUGCCGCGAAAUUAAAGAUUUUUUAGGCUCCUUAAAAAAGAAAUCCCCUUAUGAAAAUGGAGGGCGGUAUGUUCUUAGAAGACAAAUUUGUAGACAAGGUCAUGACAACAGGCUCUCAAAUAAUAUUCCUGACCAUAGACCUACUAGCAAAUUUUAUAUCUAAUUGAUAAAGGCGUUGAAAGGGAUUUUUAUCGCUAAGCUAUUGGGCAUUAAAGAAUGAUGGAUAAAAGUUUUAUUAUCAUUUGUAAAUUGCUAUUUUGUUAAUGUACUUAGAGAUAUUUGUAAUAUCAUGUAUAAAUGUGAUUGAAUUUAUAUUUUUUGUACUACA